AGAAGUGUUCCUGAGAAAUUUUAGUAGAGAAAUUUCUUUCGAAAAUCGGUGGAAAGGGUUUUAAGACGAUCAUCCCAACAUGUCUUCUGCAAGACGAUGGAUUGGCGUAGUAAAAUGGUAUUACUGUGGAUUUAUCGCAGUUUUCCUAUUAGUUCAGCUGGGCGGCGCGCACGGUCAGCGAAUGAAGGAUAAUAUGUACACAUCGGUUAGCGGUGCUCAUUGCUUUCGCCGUUUAAACGGAACACACGUAACGGGUUGUAGCUCAAAUAAUGGCGGUUCGGUUGGUGUGUUGCACGUUAUAAACAGCCAGGAAGACAUUGACUUUAUCGUCCAUAAACAUCCAUCACCACCGUACGCACCGAUAUUACCGCCGGCACUCUACACCCGAGAAAAUGUUCUCAGGCUGAGGGACGAAGCCGGUCCGUAUGUGUCAGUACUCGUGCUGAUGAAUAACGCAAGCGGACUUGAACAGUUCAGUCAAGAAUCACGCUGCCCUAAUCAGUACAGUGGGCUAGCCUCGGUGAUGAGCCCGGAUAGUGAUACCAACGAUCAGCAAAGCUGUAGUGUUGAUCGUGCCGAGGACAGCUGGAACCCUUGGGGGAGCGGUUUGCUGCAACAAGACUUCCCGUUUCCCAUAUACUAUGUGGCGGAUGUUUCCGAGAUGGAUAAGCUUGUAGAAUGUUACGAAAAGUUUAAUGGAUAUGACCUCGAUCGACAGCACCAACGCAGUUUGUGCAGCAUUGAGGUGAAAGCGUUCAUGGCGGCGGCAGUCAGUACGGCGAUGUGCAUCCGACGGUCGAAUUCCCACAGUUCGCUGUUUCCCGCCACCAAAUACUGCGAUCCGCUGCAGGGCAAAAAUGUAUACGCGACACUAUUUCCACGACCAGCGGUACCAGAAGAGCAACGGAAUGCAAAACCGGAACGUAUAGUGCUCGUUUCGACACGCACCGAUACGACUACUAUGUUCGAUGGAGUAGGAAUCGGUGCGAUGGAUUCCGUCGUCCCCUUUACCGUGCUCGUCUCCGUAGCGCAUUUUCUGUCGAAAGCGUUGCCUAGCAAUGACCGAAAUGUGUUGUUUGUUUUCUUCAACGGGGAGUCCUACGACUACAUCGGUUCGCAGCGAUUCGUUUAUGAUCUCCAGACGGGAGCAUUCCCAUCGAGGGGCACCCAAACGAAGCCAAUCUCGUUAGAAAACAUUGAACUGAUGAUCGACAUCGGCACGUUGGAUAAUUUAACCGAUUUACACGUUUACCACGCGGCGCCUCAACCGAUGGCGAUAAAGGUAUCUGAGUUGCUGCGUAAAAUAAACCUCUCUCAUAACUUCGGUAUCCAGUCUGGGCUGCCGGUUCUAACCACCAAUCUUCCCCCGGUAUCAGCCCAAUCGUUUUUACGGGAAAACAUUUCCUUCCCGGCCGUAAUCAUUACGUCCAAGCCGGGUAAUCGAUUCUACCACUCAAUCUACGACGAUCAGGAAAACCUACGAUACAAAUACGGCAAUCAUUCGAAGAAGUACGAUUUCACUGAACUGGAGGACCUCACGCUUGGCGAUCGUCGGGAGAUGUAUGGGCCGGAUUCGCUCCAGAUGCGCAUACGUAACGCGUCCACCCUGAUUGGUAUGAGCAUCUAUGAGCUGCUGGUUGGCCGGGCCUAUGAUAAACAAAAUGGUACGAACAGUGUGCUGAUCGACGAGUUCCUGCAUUGCUUCCUAGAAUCAGCCGAUUGCCCACUGUUUCGAGCGACGGUAAAACCGGAAACACCGCGCGUUUAUCCUGCACCACCGUCUCGGUACAUCAGUGUUCAUUCGACGCUUACCGCCGAUUCCACCGGGUGGACGUACCGGGUGCUGGGACUGCUUCUGGGGCAGAAGAUAGAAAAUGUCACAAAAGUUGAAUGCUUGGCCAUGCAUUUACCGUUCCAGUGGAUGGCCGGGUAUGGUGGGACUGGUGAAUGUCGCCGAACCACGCAGAACAUGAGUCUCGCCCUUUCUCCUGCGUUCCUUAACGAGACAUAUGACUUCACAUCCUAUCGCUACUCGACCUGGACCGAGUCAACAUGGUCGGAGAUGUCGGCACGCAUUUUCCUGCGACCAUCGCCAUCGCACGAAACGCUGACGCUCUCUAUCGGGAUAGUGGUGAUGGUGAUUUCUUUCGUGCUGGUGUUUCUGGUCAACAGUAGAUCGGAUGUGCUUUUCAAUCAGGGAUCAACAUCUUCGAUACCCAUCGCUACCCAGCCGACACAGUGUUAAAGACCCGGACGCAGUUCCAUCCGAUCAAAUCCAUCCGACAUCACGAUGAUGUCUCGCUAAAGAUAACUCGUGUGACCAUUCUGGUACGUCUACAAUGGGUGAACUCGUAUCCCCGUGGCAGUCCUACUAUUCCAUCAAAUUUUAGAUUACUUAAACAAAUGAAACUAAUUAUAGUACUACCUAUGAUAAUGUCCAUAAUACAACUCAUAUUUAUAACAACUUGUUUGUGAUAAGGAAUUUGUGAUUGUGAAAAAUAUUAACC